CCUGCUAUUCUUGGACCAACCCAAUUUACAAGGAAUCAUCUCAGGAAAACAACACGGAGACUUUGGAAAAGGAGUAAAUUGGAUAACGGGAGACGACUCGUUAAUAGAUUGGGUGGAAAGUGGACAGCUGCAGCUGAAGUAUGUGAGCAACAACAACAACUGACUCUGUUGAACUACGAAGUGGAUCGAUACGUUUAUUUCAAGAUGUUUUGGUUUAGACAUUUGCUCCUGCACUUCUGGUUUUUGGGAUGUCUUUACUCUGCAAUACAAGCUUGGCGCGUUGACAUGCCAAGACAUAUCAAAGGACUGUUGGGUUCCUGCCUCGUUAUCCCUUGUAGCUUUGACUACUAUUUGUAUCCGCCUAAAAGAGCAGACAGAGUUGUUUGGUACCAGUAUGUGAGCAGGGGAUAUCCUUUAGUUUAUGACAAGUGGUACCCUAAUAAUGUAAUUAGCAUGUAUAGAGGAAGAACCAACGUAUACACUUCUAAAUCUGAAAAAACAUGCACUCUAAAGAUUGAACGUGUGAACUGGAACGACCACAGACAAAAGCUUUAUCCUUGGGUGGAUCCAGAAAAUGUUGGGAGAAGCACAUACGCAUUCUAUGAAACAACUGUAACAAUUGAAGUAGUUGAACAGCCAGAGCCACCACAGAUUAUGAUCUUCGGUGAAAGAAAAGUUGGAAAUUCUGUAACGGUGCAAUGUUCUGCAAAACACACAUGCUCCACCCGUCCACCAACUCUUAGCCUCAACAUCGCAAUGACAGACAAAGUAGUUACCAACACUGAUCUAUCUGAUGGCACUUCUAAAACUACAUUAAAAGGCACUUUAGUCUUAGAGAGUGACCGUCAAUUUAUUGAGUGCACUGCCCAGCACCCAGGUGGUAAAGCAGCACGAACAUCUGAAACCUUAACUGCACAAUGCUCCAUUUUCCCACCGAGCAUCAGCUCUAUAUCAACUGAAUAUCUUGAAGGAGUUCCAAGCCAGGUAACAUGUGAAGCUUCAUACACUUGCUCCAAAGAUGCACCAGAAAUCACAUGGAACUACGCUAAUAUGCCAGUUACCACAAAUAUUAAAACCUCUGGGAGUUUGCAGAAAAGUGUUUCCACAUUGACAUUUACAGCAUCAGCUAAAGACGAUGGAAAAGAUCUGAUAAGUUCUGCAAAAUUUCCUGGUAGACAAACCCUGGAGAAGAGCAUGACCAUACGGGUAAAACGAAACAUGCUCAAUCUGGAUUGGUCUUUCACAACUCCAGGAAGCGUGACGGGAAUGAAAGGAUCAUGUGUCAUCAUUCCUUGCAAGUUUUCCUACAGCAAAGCCCAACCAGGUGGCCUCCAAGUUGUCUGGUACUUGUACCAAAGUAAUGGACGUGCAGACGUAUUCAACCAAAAACAAUCAAAUAUUUUAAGCAGAUAUAAAGGGAUUACACAUUUGACUGGCUCUGUGUCAGACAGCAAUUGUAGUCUUAAAAUAGACCGGCUGGAUAUGUCUCACAAUGAGGAUAAACUCUAUCCAUGGGUUGAUAUCAACCCAAUUACCUCCUACCACUCACAGGGACACUCAUUUUUGGAUAAAAGCACCAAAAUCAUGGUUUCAGACCAUGCACAAGAACCCCAAAUGAGCAUCAUUGAUGUUCCUAGGGUGGGAGAUCAAAGCAGGGUUACCUGUAAAGUGCAACAUACAUGUUCUUCUGCUCCUCCUGUCCUGUCUCUGAAUGGCAUUCCUGGAACAGACCGCACCAUCGACUCCUUGUUGUCAGACGGCAUUUGGGAAAGAACAAUAGAACGAACUUGGAAUGUAGAAGAAGACCACAAGAAGGUGGAGUGCACUGUGACCUAUAAGGGUGGCCAAAGUGCCAAAAGUGAGCUCCUCCUGGAUGUUGAAUGUCCAUUUGAAACAAUCAAAAUGGUUGAACCUCCAGGAGAGCUGACAGAGGGAGUGGCAAAGAGUGUAAUUUGUUCUGUGUCCUACAAGUGCAAGACAAAUACACCAAGAAUUGAGUGGAACUUUUCAGACAUGCUGUAUUUACAAAAGCACAAACAAAUAUCUAGUAAUAUGUAUACCAUGGAGUCCAAUCUUACGUUUAUUGGCUCCCUUGAAGACAAUGGAAAACCUCUGACCUGCACUGCACAUUUUGCUGCUGGAGAAACCUCAAACUCCUCACUUCUUGAGAUAAAAGAAUAUGUACCGGUUGAAGAAGAACUGAACGAGAAAGAUACUUUCCGUGUCCAGGUUGCUGACGUCCCUGUCAGAUUCAGUGCCUUGACUCGGUCCUGUGUGGUCAUCCCCUGCAGUUUCCAGGAUGACGAGGAUCAGCCCCUGACUCGUGGUAUCUGGUACAAAAAAACUGGGGGCAUGGUGUACCACAAUGCCCGCAGUAAUGUUUUGGACCACUUCAAGGAUCGGACCAAAAUUCUGGGAAACCUGAAUGAAGGAGACUGCUCUUUGGAGAUUGAUGAUAUAAAACCCUUUGACAACGGCCCUUUCUGUUUCUAUGGAGAGAAAGGAGCAAAGAAAUACAGAUUUCACAACAGCUGUGUUUUUAUUGUCAUGAAAGCUUCUCCAGAGAAACCAGUGAUGAGCUCAGUUCCAGCUCAAGUGGAUGCUGGUUCAACUGUAACUGUGUCCUGUUCUGUCAGUCACUCAUGUUCAUCACAUCCUCCAACGUUUUCAUGGAGUGUCCCUUCCAUCAACAAUGAGGUUUCAGACACGGCCAUAUCACGAGGUGUCUGGAAGACGACAUCCACCAUCACGUUUGUGGUUGCUGGAGGAGAUGGACUGAGAAACCUAAACUGUACUGCCACCUUCUGGCGUGGAAGGAAUCAAACCAGGACUUUCAAUUUAAUUGUAGAGGGAACUAUGAAGUACCAGAUGCAGAAAUCUAUCCCUGUGGUUAUUCCUGUCAUCAUCUUAGUGCUGAUCAUCUUUGCUGUGCUUGGCAUAUUCUUCUACAGGAAAAGACCAAGUAGAGUAACUGAAGUUGACCUAAAGAAAUUACAAUUUUCUCAUCACUAUUUUCAAGACGCCCAAACAACUCGGCUGACCUCAGAGUCAGUUAUCAACGUGAUGCAGAAGUGGUUUUCUGUGACAAACAAGUCAACAAACAGCGUUAUCCGUCACCAAAGAAUAACCAAAGACGACCUGCCCCGCCCACACCAGAGGAUUUUAAUUUGUACGGCAACAUUUGAAUAAACAGUCUGAGCAUCGA